UCCGUGGAAAUGAUGCUAUAGAAACUAAUCCUUUAGAAGAAAGUGUGUAUGAUAUUCCAUCAAGUUCUAGAAUGAUUAUUGACAAUGAUACAGAAGAUAACAUUACUGUAUAUUCAGAUGAUACUAUGUGCGAUCAUGAAA